AUGAGUGAAGAACUAUGCCCACUUUCGACUAUGUUCGAGCUCCGUUAUAAGGAAGCCUGGACGAUUUGGCGUCAGGGGGACAACGACGCUGCCGAGCUCAUGGCGCGCGAACUGCUCCAAGAACCCCGUCUCGGGCGAUUUCACCAGGCCGGCAUGCAUAUGCUUCUGUCAACCGCGUCUCAUUACUACGUAGAGCACGCCCUAGAGGCAGUCCGCCUCUUCACCGAGAUCUCUAUGCGCAAUGAUCUCACCGACAGCGAGCGAGAGGGCGUGACCAAGAGCCUCAACCGUGCCAACAAGCUGUUGGACAGGGCUCGGCUCGAUCAGACCAGGAUCGAUUACGAGAUCCAGAAGAAACUUAACAACGGCAUGACGAUGGAUGAGCUUCAUGAUGCUCAGAUCAAGGAAAUGAAUCAGCGCCUCGAUGCUGAAGAAGAAGAGGCUUCCGGGGCGGUCGAUGAGGACACUGGAUCUCGCAGCCAGAGUAUCCCUGACAGCCAGGCUAAGACGACCGAUGAAUCUCAGCGUACCGAGUCCCAGCGUACCGAGUCUCAGCAACCUGAUUCCCAGAACACAGUGAUUACUAUGGAUCUCGAUGACAACGAUCCUCUCCCUGAUAUUGUCCGAUACAACUUUGGCAACGAUCAGGAGAAGGAUUCUGAUAAGAUCUGA